CCCUAAAGCUCGGGGGGGUUUUUGGCUAUGGCGGCAUUGAUUUUGCUCGCUCCCUCCCCUCUCUCCUCUCGAUUCUACUCCACAUUGCAAUGCGGGCAUUCUUUGACGCGCCAACGCCUAGCGCUUGCUGGAUCGCAUCCGAUCACAGCGCGAUUUUGCGUCGCUGGUGCUGAAUCGGGAAUGCCGGAACAAGAAGAUCAACCAGGAGCGUCGGCUGGAGGGAUCGAUCCACAGCAGCAAUCGCCACAGGGAUCCAAUCUCUGGCAGAUGGACGCGACAGCAUUGCGAGCAAAAGUAGCGGCGCUGGGAUUAUCCGCAGUUCUUGCCUAUGGUCUCUUUGAUGGAAUCACAUACACAACGUUCUUUGUUCUAGCUUUCCUUGGAUACGAGAAGAGCACAGGACAAAAUCCAGCCGCCAACCUCAAGGCACUGCUCGGCAUCGUUGUGCUAAUGUGGACUGGGAACAACGUCACGAGACCAUUCCGAGUUGCCGGAGCAGCGGCAUUGGCACCACUUCUCGACCGGGCACUCAAGAAAAUGCAAAAGCUUCUCAACUUACCCAGUAAAGCGUUUGCUUUCAUGCUUGUCGUUGCGGCAUUUGCGUCGUUGUGUUUCUCGAUCGUUGGCCUCCUGAUACUGUCGAGAUGGGGGAAGUAGCACGAGUCUAAAAGCUCCUCCAGCGGAAAAAAAAGAAAAGAAAAAGAAAAAACAAGAAAAACGCACCGAUCUGUAAGUGUCUGUAACAAUGUAAGAUACUAACAAUUUGCGCAGAGCAAUCUAUAAACUAUCCAUGCUUUGCCAAACUGACAAUAUUAAAGGCCAAGGAGAGAGGAUGAGAUGUCACUCCAGUGCUGACUUCCUGGC